UGGUCUUUAUUAUCAGGGGGCCUACCGCGAAAACCGAAAUUCGCCAAUAGCGGGGAUCUUUCUCUUUUACUCUCACUAAGACGUAAUUAGAGUGACAGAGAAAAAUGCCCGCAAUUGACGAACUUCGAUUUUCGCGGUAGGCCCCCAGGCCUGAUAAAGUGUGGGUGUGUGGGUGUUGUUUUCAAUUUUUACAUUAAAUUUUAUCUUACAUACUUUAUGUUAAGCAAAUCAAAAAUAUUUUUUUGUGUCUUAAACCCACUGAUUAAACCAAACCACCAUAAAACAAAUAUAAAUAUUAUAAUAUUGUAGGAUGGCUGAAAAUGUAGGAAGUAAAAUGUUGGAAAUGAAUCAUAACGUAUAAAAAAAAUAGAUUCAGAUUGGCGGGAAACAUCUAAAAAAAGAGAAAUUUGAAUCGUUGUGCAAACGUGAAUUUUGAAAUUUUCGUGUGAAAAUGGAAAAUAAUGUAGGCACUGCCAUAGAAAAAAUUAAGUUGCAGGAGCAGGAUAAAGAAGCCAAACUGCGGGAAAAACGAGAAUAUGAAGCAGCUGUGAACUCGUUGAAUCGUUCUAUUCGUGAAGCAGUAUUCCAAAUAGAAAAACAUCAAGAAGAAAUUAAAGAGUUAACUAAGGGAAACGAUCUACUAAAAGCUCAGUUAGAAGUGGAGCGCAUUAAACGUAGUGCAGUUGUGGCGCAGAUAGAGGCUCUUAAUAAAGAAAUAGAAGUUUUAAGAGCUCAGUCCGAUAAAGGUAUAUCAGAUGUAUGGUCUCUGCGGUCUUCCUUAUGCAAAGCAGUUCAGAAUGUCUCCGACGAGUGUGACGUAUGGGGUCUUUUGGUGAAGCCCAUAAACACUGAUGCAAUACAUAGGGUAGUGAAGAAACCUACUGAGAAUAAUGAGGAGGCGGAUUUUGAGGAACGUUUCAAACUGGCUAAACAAAGACACGAAAGGGCUGUGGCGGAGCGUGAGCGUUUGUUGGCUGAACCUGAGAAGGGUGAAGAAUUUAUAAGGUUACACAUUAUAAUUAAAUAAAAAAAAGCUAGAGUUUGACCAAGCUAACUCGGCAGCGAUUUUGAUAGGACAGCCUGUGCAAGUGUUAUUCUAAAGGUCAAAUGAAAUUAUGGCAUUUAAAAUAACACUUGCACAGGUUGUGCUAUCUAAGUCGCACGCUGCCAACUUAGCUUGAUCUGACUCCAGUAGGUAUUUUACCAUGAUCCUAUAGAUGUGCUAGAGUCUGUGCGGAAAGAGAGAAAUGUAUGGGGCCCAAUACAUUCCACGACUCUUCUCUUUCCGAAUAGACUCUAUACGCGAGCGCCCAUGAGGACAGAACAUACGCGAUACGACGAAAUUAAAAACACGUUCUAACAUUCCUACAUACCCUACAUACCAAAAACGACUUACGUAAUUUGGUCGGGUUAUUUGUUGCCCACCAUAAACCAUCCUAAAUUUACGGUGCGGGAUAAAAUAUGAGAAUGUGACAAGGACAAACAAUAAUAGCGCUUUCUCUGCUACUCCUACUGAAAGUUCCAUAACUGCAUCUCGUUCGGUCAUCUGCCGGCUCUACCAUUUCAUCUCUAUGCUUAUUGUACCUCUAUGGAUCCUAUCAUAUGUGAGUAGCACCCAAAAAAUAAAAGAGUAGAGUAGUUUUUUUUUCUUCUCCAGGCUAUAAAAAUCGUUAUCUAUUUUUUAGGUACAGUAUAUAAAUCAGAUAGAACAAGGCUAGGCCAGGGACAAACGUGAUUAAAUUUCCCGUUCACCUCCCCACAUGUCCCUAUUUGGUCCCCAUCACCUCAAGAAUACCCCCAGAAUCAAAAUUUCAAGUAUAAACCGCUAAUUACAUCCACCCUUCCCGAUUUCGGGCCUGUUCAAAAUUGAAACUGAACCGACAUUCGCAAAUUGCGAGGAUCUUUCGCUUUUACUCUCACUAAGACGUAACUAGAGUGACAGAGAAAAAUACCCGCAAUUGACGAACUUCGAUUUUCACGGUUAUAGCCUCAUCUCAUAAUAGUUUUCCGUUUCAUGGAAAAUCAGAUGUGCUGAUGUUUGGUGAAACGGAAAAAUAUUCUUUCGCGGGCCCGAAAUCGGGUUUGAUAUCAGGGGGUCUACCGCAAAAACCGAAAUUCGCAAAUUACGGGUAUCUUUCUUUUUUACGCUCACUAAGACGUAAUUAGAGUGACAGAGAAAAAUAACAGCAACUGACGAACUUCGAUUUUCGCGGUUAUGGCUCUGAUAUAGUGUGGAUGUAAUUAGC